AUGGUUAGGCUAAGCUUCUGGCUGGCGCAAAUACUUGCCGUCCUUCCACUUGUUUCCGCUGUCCCAACUGGCCUCCCUCCUCGGGGUUCGGCACCUGUGCUACCAGUGGACGACCCUUUCUAUGUUCCCCCGGAAGGAUUUGAGACCUCCGCGCCCGGAACUAUCCUACGACAUAGAACUCCCCCCAACCCCAUUGCAGCGCUUAGCUUUGCCAAAGUCAAUAUAGAGGCGGCACACCAGAUUCUGUACCGAACCACAGAUUCGUUUGGUAACGCCAUUGCCACGGUUUCUACGAUCUUGAUCCCGCAUAAUGCCGACUACUCGAAGCUUUUAUCAUAUCAAGUGGCCGAAGAUGCGGCGGAUCCAAAUUGUGCCCCCUCCUAUGCCUUUCAGCUUGAAGCAGCACAUGAUGGCAUCCUAGGCUUGGUGAUGCCACAAGUAGAAUUACUCCUUGUCGGUGCAGCCCUUGAUAAGGGUUGGGUGGUGACGGUCCCAGACCAUCUCGGACCAAAGGCAACAUUCCUAGCCAAUAGACUCUCAGGCCAUGCCGUCUUGGACAAUCUGCGCGCUGCAUUGGCAUCCUCAAGCUUCACACAUAUCACGUCUGAUCCAACAAUCGCUUUGUGGGGGUACUCAGGUGGAAGUUUGGCAAGCGGAUUUGCGGCGGAGCUUCAGCCCAGCUAUGCUCCUGAACUCAAGAUAGCCGGAGCCGCACUCGGAGGCACGGUACCAAAGAUUGAUACGGUUAUUGAGGCAGUCAAUAAAGGUGUGUUCGUCGGGUUGGUUCCUGCCGGCAUUCAGGGACUUGCGAAUGAGUAUCCAGACGUUCAGAAACUGCUUGCUGAUGGCCUAAAACCAUCAAUGAUGGCGGAGUUCAACAAGACCCAAAACAUGUGUCUCGCGGGAGAUUUAGUUCACUACCUCGGCAAGGAUAUUUACAGUUUUACCAAAGACCCGAAUAUUUUCAAGCAGCCGGUUGCCGUUGAAGUGAUUAAUGCCAAUUCAAUGGGCCAGAAUGUGCCAAAAAUCCCUCUUUUGGUAUACAAAUCCGUCGGGGAUGAGAUAAGCCCCGUCAAAGACACUGAUUCACUUAUACACACUUAUUGCCAGGGCGGAGCCAGCGUGGAGUACAAGCGUGAUGAACUUUCCGAGCACGCAUCGCUGGAAAUUACUGGUUCUGCAGAUGCAAUGAUUUGGCUGAUGGAUCGUAUGAACAACAAACCUAUCAAACCCGGAUGCACCACUUCAACAGCGAUUUCUGGUCUCCUAGACCCUAGGGCCUUGGCAGUUCUGGGACAGGAGAUCCUUGUUAUUCUCAAGACAAUUCUGUCUGGGCCGAUUGGGCCCGGUGUCACUGGUUAA